AUGUCCGAUUCUCAAUCCUCAGCCUCAGCCUCACCUUCACCUGCCAAUGGCAAGGACAAGCCGGAUACCGGCUUUGUCUCGGGUGAUGAUACGUGGACCCAGUUCAAGAACAUCUACUCCAUCCUGACAGGAAAGAUGUCGCCGGACGGCAUUGAACAGUUCCGACUUGCGCGCGAUAUUCGGAAUGAAGAGGCUGACUGCAAACGCUGUGAUGAGCAAAAAGAAUUUCUACUUCAAUAUAGCCCCGUCAUCCGUUACCUGAGCGAUAACAUCAAGCAACUGGGAGGCGACCUCCACAACCAUAAUAUCUACUGCCGCCGUUGUACAGACCGCAAGGGCGGCGGUUUCGACCCGGAAUAUGGAAUCCUGAUUUGCGCCAACGAGAUGAAAGACCAGGGCCAUUUGGAAGAUACCAUGGCUCACGAGAUGGUUCACGCGUUCGAUCAUUUGCGGUUCAAGGUCGAUUGGUCUAAUAAUCUGCGACAUGCCGCUUGUACAGAGAUCCGAGCUAGUUCACUCAGCGGCGAGUGUAGAUGGUCACGAGAGUUCUUCCGAAGAGGACAAUGGAAAUUGACCCAACAACACCAAGAGUGUGUUCGUAGGAGAGCGAUUCUCUCCGUUCGGGCUCGACCUACCUGCAAGGACAAGGCGCAUGCGACUCAAGUCGUCAAUGAAGUUUGGAAUAGCUGUUUCCGAGACACGAGGCCGUUCGAUGAAAUUUACAGAUGA